AUGAGACUCGUGGCCUAUGGGGGUGUCUCCACCCUCUCAACAACAUGCGCCGUGCUUGCUGCGUUCAGACAACGGGCCAACUUCUAUGCGGCCGCCGUAUACCUCAGCAAGAGCAACGCAUGCAUGAUGAUCCUCUGCAACUUCGGCAUCUUCUGCACGAUCCUCCUCGCCAAAGCGCUCCAAUCGAUCUUCUUCGGCCAGCUCCGAUUAGCCGAGAUCGAGCGGGUCAACGAUCGGCUAUGGUUCACGAUUAGCGAGACCCUGCUGGCCUUGGCCAUGUUCAGAGACGAGUUCGAUACCAGCUUUGUCGUCCUGUUUAUCAGUCUGAUCUUCGUCAAAGUCUUCCAUUGGUUGGCUGCCUAUCGAGUAGAAUGGAUGGAUCAAACUACCUCGCCCCCUGGAAAACUGUUUCAUGCACGCAUGAUCUCGGUGUUGUCGAUCAUCUGGAUAACUGACAUGCUCUUGAUUGCGUAUGCCACCGAAUCUGUUUUACUACAUGGUCCAAGCGUGGUCUUGAUGUUUGAGAUGGAGUAUAUUAUUAUGCAAGUCACUUGCCUCUCGAUCAUCUGCAAAUACAUCCUCAACUCCUACGCUCACUACCGGGCCCAAGAACAUUGGGAGGGCAAAUCGACGUACCAAUUCUACAUCGAACUGGCCACCGACUUCCUCAAGCUGCUCACUUACAUUGGCUUUUUAUCGUUAACGCUCACCUUCCACGGCCUGCCGAUCAAUGUGCUGCGAGAUGUCUACUACACAUUCAGAUCAUUUGUGACGAAAUGUAACAAUCUGGUCCGGUUCCGUCAAGCGACCCGAAACAUGAACGAACGCUAUCCGAACGCUACUCGAGCAGAGAUGGAGUCACUGGCGGACAAGACCUGCAUCAUCUGUCGAGAAGAUAUGGAGUUUCGGGAUGAACAUGAACCAGCAGCUGGCGAUGCCGGACCGAACACGAACGGCAAUGGUGCUGGAGCAGCUGCUGGCCCCAACGAUACACCCAAGAAACUCGUCUGUGGACAUAUCUUCCACUUUCAUUGUCUCAGGAGCUGGCUAGAACGCCAGCAAACUUGUCCCACUUGCCGUCGACCGGUUAUCCAGGCCCCACCAGCCACUCAGGUUGCGCCGCAGAACCCGAAUGCAGCCGUGAAUCGGGCGUUUGCAGCCGCGAUGGCGGCCGCCGGCGCCGGCCCACCGGCGAUCCCGCCGGCCAUCCCAGGAGGGGCCGGUCGAGCUGCUGGGGCGCCCGGGACCCCGUUAGGGCUGCCUGCAGCCCAAGCUGGCGGCCCUGCAGCAGCGCCGGUUGGCGCGGGGGAGGGCAACCUGAUCGGCACCCGCCCCGACGGGAGCCGGCACGACUUCAACCAACGGAUGCGCGAAUUCGAGCAGCGUCUGGCCGCGGCCACUACUUCCAAUCCCGGCGGGGCGGCCGCAGGUCCACCGGGUACGAGCUCGUACCUCCGCCAACAGGCCCAGACCCGCAACAACCCGUUGCUCCAGUUCGACCUCUCCUCCCAUUCGGGCCCCAGCUCGAGUCGCCCGCUCGCCGGCCGCCACCACGUCCGCCUGCGCACCAGCCCCGGCUCCCGGCCGAACAGCCCCGGCUUCCCCACAUUCCCUUCCGCCCGAAUCGAGCGCAAGAACUCCCAGACAUCGCCCACUGCCGCCCCAUCGCCACCAGCCACGGCCGCCGCCAAGCCGCCGACGACGACGAGUGCUCUUCCGCCGGUGGCGCGCGCUCAGCCAGACCUUCCCGCGGAACCCAGCAGCCUGGCCGCCUGUCCGGAAGAUCCGCCCACAGCGACGGACGACACCGACCCUGGCCAGGCUCCGCCAGCCGAGCCGUGUGGAGGAGCGGGCGACAGCGUGCAAGCGGGCUCUCUAGCCGAGCUGAGGAUCGACUUCGGCGGCCCGGCGCCUCCUCCUGGCCCGGCCGAUCGGGCGCGUCUGCCCUGCCUGAUCCCGCUCUUCGACCACCGGGCCUCCCCCGUGCUGCUCCCGGACCCGCAGACGAUUCUCGAGGAGUACCAGCAGAAGGUCGCCGGUCGGCCGGCAGCCGCACCGUCUUGCGCGGGCGACCGGCGCUCGGCCGAGCUGCUCGAGAUCCAGAGCUCUCUGGCCGAGUGCUGUGCUCGGCUGGCCCGGCUCAUGGGCUCUCCGGCUGCUGGCCGGGCUGCUGUGGAUGGUGGAGAGGCUGAGAAGGGCAAGGGGAGGAGCGAGUAG